CCACCCGUCAAUGUCGUUCUUUCUUUUUUUUAUCGUUGAUGACGGCUUGUCGUUCAGGAAAAAGAAAAGAAGUUUUAUUUAUUUUUAUUUUUUUUAUUUUUAUCUUGUGGAAGGAAGGAGGAAAAGAAAUAAAACCGAAGGAUACGAGAAACCCCGCGAGAAAAAUGGGCAGAACACACUAAAACCCUAACGCCUCUUCACUCCUCAGGUGAAUGAUUUUUAGAACCUACUUUGUGAAAAAUUUUGAAUUUAAGCCCCAAUUCACUUCGUGCUUGGUUCACAAUGUCUGCAAGAAAAAUAGGUGAAACUCAAGCUGAUGAUUUGGGCUCUGCCCCAGUACUGCAGCCCAUCAGAAUCACCAAGUCCGGCGAAGACAACGACAAAAAGAGUGCCAACAGAAGACUUAAAGAUGCUGAAAUUGCCGUUCCUAUAGCAUACGGAACAAUAGCUUUCUAUCUAGGUAGAAAGGCCAGUGAGUCUCAGUCGCAUAAGUGGACAGUUUAUGUACGUGGGGCCACAAAUGAGGAUCUUGGGGUGGUUUUAAAGAGAGUUGUAUUUCAGUUGCAUCCUAGUUUCAAUAACCCUACAAGAGUGGUCGAAUCAGCCCCAUUUGAGUUAUCGGAAUGUGGUUGGGGUGAAUUCGAAAUUGCCAUCAGUCUAUUUUUCCACAGUGAUAUUUGUGAUAAGCAGUUGGACCUGUAUCACCAUCUAAAGUUAUAUCCUGAAGAUGAAUCUGGUCCCCAGUCAAUCAAGAAACCUGUUGUUGUGGAAACUUACAAUGAGAUUGUUUUUCCCGAUCCUUCAGAGAGUUUUAUUGCUCGUGUGCAGAAUCAUCCUGCUGUUGUCGUGCCCCGUUUGCCUGCUGGUUUUACCUUGCCUAAUCCUGUAACAGUUGAAAAUGCUAAUGAAAAGGAAAGAGGAGAUACCAAAGAUCAUCCCCUUGCUCAGUGGUUCAUGAAUUUCUCAGAGGCUGAUGAACUGUUGAAACUUGCAGCUGCUCGUCAACAGGUGCAAGCUCACAUUGUUAAGCUGAGAAGACAAUUGAGCGUGAUGGAUGGGCCUCCUCAGCUGUCAAAACCACCCUCCGGUUACGAAUGUACAUGAUCAUGGGGAAUAUAUUUAGCUUUUCCUCAUCGGUGUAAAUCAUGGAAGAUCCUUACCAAUUAAUAUUAGAUAUGAACUUGUAUGCGCAUGAUAGUGGGGAAUAUAAUUGGAAUUUCGUCAUUGGUGUAAAUCAAGAUCGGUUUUAUUGAUUAUCAGAUGUGAUCGUGUGUACAGAUUAGUUAUUGCAGCUGUUCUUGUAGAGCUAACCAACUCAAGUUUAGUAGAUGAAGAAGAAUGGAUGCUUAUGUAGUUAUUGCCAACCAUACUAUUGUAUACCGUGCAUGUUUUAAUUUGUCCAUUUGGGCAGAGAAGAUGUAGUUUCCACUUGUUAUAUUCCAGAUGAUGACUAAAUUGAAAAAUGCAUGAUGGUAGAUCUUGUCUUUCC